CAACCUUGGGAGCAAUCUGCGAAGACGGACCACGGCGCCGCCGUGUCACGGCGGCCGCCGUCCACGGCGCCGCCGUCUCACGGCGGCCGCCGUCCAGACGCCGGCCGCGGCCCCACGGCGCGGGCCGUACAAUUUUUGGAGGAAACCGCGAAGGGGCAUCACGGCGGCGCCGACCCACGGCGGCCGCCGUCCACGGCGCCGCCGUCUCACGGCGGCCGCCGCCCCUGUGCAGAUCUGGCAGUUACGGAAAUUGCUAUAAAAUCCGAUUUUGAGGGUUUUAUUUCACACUUCCGACUCCAGCAGCCUCCACCUGCGAUUUUAUGCUUUUUCCCAUAGUUUAGAUAGAUAGAAACAUUCUAGAUACUUGUGGAUUCCGCUAGAUCGUUGAUUUCAUUGGAUCGAUUGUCGUCGUAGCUUGAAGAGAAAGCUAGUGCCUUACUUUGACAACAUUCAUCGACCUCGUGAGGUCCUUUCAAGCCUGGAGAAGGAGUCCGAGUCCAGUUCGAGAAGCCUUGUGGAAUCACAGUUUAGUGAGGAAAACUGUGAAGAGAGAAUUGCUUCCAAUCCCAUUCUGGAAGCCGUUGAGGAGACACUUUCCGUGCAUUCUGAAGAAGAAGAAGAAGCUCGGCCCAAUCCUGACCAAGAAGCAAUGGCGGAGCAGAAUGUCCAGUACAUGGGAGAUUUUUCCAGGCCAGUUAUUGGGACCACUAGCACUUCUGCGAUAGUGUUUCCCACGGCGGUCCGGAAUUAUAAUCUGAAGCCCAACGACUCAAACCUGCUGCCGCUCUUUCACGGGAUGCCCAGUGAGGACGCCUUGCAGUUCAUCCGUGAUUUCUGCACCCAAGUGCAGACCUUCCCACUGCUGGAGCUCACCGAGGAUCAGUUGAGACUCAAGUGCUUACCUUAUGCACUCAAGGACCGGGCGAGAACGUGGUUAUUGUCCUUGCCGCCGAACUCCAUCACCACAUGGGGAGAGGCAAGUGAGAAGUUCAUGCUCAAGUACUACCCUAAUCACAAGACUCAAGAGAUUAGGAGCCAAAUAAUGAACUUCAUGCAAGGAGCUGACGAGCCUUUCCACGAGGCUUGGGAGAGAUUCCAAGAGCUCCUCCGCCAGUGCCCACAGCACCAGUUACCACCUGUCAUGUUGAUGCAGUUCUUCUAUGACGGAUUGAUUCAGACGGCACAGUUUAUGGUGGACAGUACAGCAGGGGGCAACAUUGCCCGGAAGACAGCUGAUGAGCUCAAGGAGAUUUUCAACACACUUGCAGCGAGUUCUCAACAGAAAUCAGCUAGAGGAAGGAGGUUUGAAGCCAAUGCAGUAGCUCCCAACAAUGAGCUUCAGAAGCAAGUAGCAGAAUUGAUGAGGCAAGUUCAGCACCUCAAGAUGAACCAGGCAGAAGCCCCACCAGUUCACGCGCCACCAGCAGAAGGAUGUGGAAUUUGUGGCGAUUUUGGUCAUGGAACCAACGCGUGCCAUCGCAUGGGGGGAUUCACACCUGAAGGAGAAGCAGAGGUCUAUGCUGCUCAGAGCUAUCCGGGGAGGCCUCAAUUUGAACAGAGGCCUAUCUUUAAUCAAGGGCAACAAAGCUCCAAUUCGGGUUGGAGAGCUCAGCAGCAGAACUACACUCAAGCUUAUCAGCAGCAGCAGCCCCCGCAGUAUCAGCAGUAUCAACAGUUCCCUAUGCAACAAGGGAAUUUUCAGCAGCAGCAGCAAUACCAGAAUGCCUCCCAACAGUGUCAGAAGCAAGCUCAACCGCAGAAGCCGUCUCUCGAGGACACCAUGCAGUCCUUCAUGGAGAUGACCAAACAGAACAUGGAGUCUCAGAGUGCUACCAUCAAGCGCCUCGAGACUACAGUUGGGCAACUUACAGGAGCCCUAAAUCAGCUGCAGCAAGAACAGCCAACUGGGAAGUUCCUAAACCAGGACAAACAGCCGCGUCAAGCUCAUGCCGUGGCGGUAAUCAAGGAAACUACCCCAAUAACCACGGGGAAAUGGAGAAGCAGAACCGUGCAAGCAAUCAAGGCAACCCAAUGCCCCAGUGAGCCACUGCCACCUGUCACUGUUGCACCAGACCAACCACCACCCAAGCAAGGAGAUCCAGGUAGCUUUAUCGUUGAUAUUAGCUUAGGAGGGGUUGAAAAGGUCUUGGGAAUGCUUGAUUUGGGCGCGGCAGUCAAUUUGAUGCCGCUUGAUAUUUUUGAGAGGUUGGGAAAUAAAGAGCUGAAAUGCACGAACAUUAAGAUAGAACUAGCUGACGGCUCCAUUAGCAGCCCACGAGGCCUUGUCGAGGAUGUUGAGGUAGUCGUGAGGGGGAUUAGUGUCUUGGUUGAUUUUGUUGUCCUUGAUGAGGGAAAAGGGAUUAGAGGCGAGAAUGGGCAUCUCGUGCUACUUGGCCGACCCUUUAUGGCUACCACCCAUACUCGCAUUGAUGUGGGUACGGGAACUGUAAGUAUGGUAGGGGCAGGUAGAGCGGUAACAUUCUCUGUUUUUGAUCAAAAACCUACUACCCCCACUCGCUUAAUUCAAAUCUGCUCUUAUGUUGAAACCUUUAAUGCUUUGGAGGAGAACUAUAUUGUGCAGGAACUCCUUAAUAAGUUGCCGGAGGAGGACGAGAUCGUGGAGGAAUUCCUUGCUAACCUGCAGGAUGAGGCUGACAUUGAGCAGGAAUUGCUGGAAAAGCUGCAAGAGGAAGAUGAUAAAGAGCAAGGCCUUCUGUGUGCUUUGCUAUUGGAAGAAAAGCUUGAUGAGAGUGAGAGUAAGAUUGAGAGUAAGUCUGAAACAACACCUCAGCGCCCCAUCUCCUCCGGCUUAUCGAGGAUGCAGCGACGUUUAAGAGAGAUGAUGCGCCGAUGGUUUAGAGAUUAUAGGCCCCAAGAAGGGGAUACACUCGGAGAAUUUUUAGCCCACUACCACAACCGAUGGAUGAAGACUACCGCAUAUGGGAUUGACGAAGCAGAGGCAAUCACAAAUUUGAUCCCACAGUUACCACCUGAGUGGCAGGAUUGGGCGGCUUCACUAGUGCCGCAGUAUAUCGUUAGGGGUGAGUUUGGACGUUUCGAGCGUGCAGAUUUUAGGGGUUUUGUAGCGACGAUUAGUCACCGCUACUUUGUAUUUGAUGAGCCCCCACCACCACCAUAUGAUGCACCCCUUUUUCCGACAGAUCCUUUUUCGAUCAUACCCGCACCCCCAAUUGAUGAGGUUCCGUAUGUUCCGGAGCCAGUCGUGCCUGAUGAGGCUGUUGCAUUUGAGCCCAUUAUAUCUAAUUCCGUUGUUCCUGAAUCGGGUAUUCCUCAGACUGGAUCGUCAUUUAUGGAUUUCGAUCCAUUUCAUUACUUGACACUGAUAUGUAUUCCUCAGAAAGGUUGGGGGACCGCUGGAGGGUUGUUGUUUCUAGACGACUUUUGA